CUUGGCCCUCACGCUCUGAGCCACGCUCACCUCCCCUCUCUCGCCAGGCUCGCCCGCUCUGCCUCACACUCCCUCUCACUCGCAGUCACUCUCUGCCUCUUUUGCUCAAGUCCUUUUGUCUCUCGCACAUGCCCGUGCUCUCCCUCACAGGCUCCUUUUCUCUCUUCCCUCCCCUCUUCCUCCCGGCUUUUGGUCUCUCUCCUCAGCCCUGUCAGGAACUGGCAGCCCCCCUCCCCAAUCUCCCAGCGCUUAUAAACCCUGCUUAAUUGCUUCCUCCUUGGGAAAAAAUCAAAAUAAAGAAGUGCCGGGGCUGGGGGUACGUUUCCAGGUUCCGGGGCACACCCCAGCCCUGACCGGGAGCAGAGCGCUGGGAGGGCCAGCCCAAGACUCCCAGCCUCUUUCUCACAUUGGUGCUGGGGACUCCCGGCGUGGUAGUCUCUGGGUGCAAGGUCUUCUGCCUCCCUGGCCCCUCUUGUCAGCUUUGUCCGAUGACUGCAUGGUGGGGAGCUGGGUUUGGUCCCACUGGAGGCCGGGAGGAACUGGAGUGCGUGCAUGCUUGGGUCGGGGGCUGUGACGGAAGGUCCCAGGCGACCCCCUCCCCCAGCCUCUUCCCCUGAGAACUUGGGGCAGCCGGCAGGCCUCACACUUGAGCCCUCAACCAAGUCCAGCUGCUGCAGUUCAGUCUCUCAGUCCCGUUCUGACCCCUUCUUGCCCCCCACUCAGGUUCCCCCACCUCCAGGGGGUGGGGGUGUGCCUGAGAUCACAUUACACCUUCCCUAUAAGGGGGCGCGGGUGGGGGCUUCAGCGUGGCAUCCAGGACCCUUGACUCCAUCCAGCAUGGGUGGGGGCAGCUGCAGACCCCAACCCAGGCUUGCCUGCCACAAGCCGAAGUGUUGUCCCCAGCCCCCUCACAGCUGUUCCAGCUCACAGUCCUGGGGAGGCCAGCUCAGGGGGCCCCUUUCCGGGGCGGCCAGGGACCUGACCUACUCUACUCUGUGGCUGAUUGGCCACAGGUGGGGGCCUGAGAGUGAUGGGAACCCAGCAGCUCCUAGAGUUCCCUGUUCCCCUCCCUCCUCACCCCACCCCAGGCAGCCAGGCCAGGGCAAGAAGGGCCUGAAUCAAGGGUUCCCUUUCUCCCCUCAGGCUUUCCACUGCCUCACAGCUCAGUGGCUGAUGACCCUGGGUACUACUGCGCAUCAUGGUUUACUGGGGUUGGGACUAUGGGAAGGGUGGACCAGCCAGGAGGCCGCUGGUUGCCAUGGGAACAUCAGGUUUGGGAAAGGGUCCACCCUGUGUUUAUUAGGGGAGCCGAGGCCAGGGGACACUCACUAGCCACAAUUCAUUUGGGGUUCCUUGCCCUGUGCCCCACAGCAGCCCAUCCUGGCUGUGUUGGUAUGGUAGUCAUUUUGGGUGGGGGUGCCAGCAGCCAGCACUGGAGGCUUCUUUCUUCUAAAUGGUACUGUGCUUGGCGUGGCCACAGCCAGGCAGCACCUUGCUACUCACAAAGCGUCCUCAUGUGUGAGCUUACUGGACGUUCCCAACAGCCUUGGCAAGUUAGAAUCACCCCCCUUUCCCAGAUGAGGAAGUGACUUGUCUUAAGUCAGUCAGCCCAUGGGGGUGGAGUUGUGCCUCAGACUCUAGGAGACACAGGAAUUGAAGGUGGGGUGUGGGAAGAGGCGCUGGCUCCCUGCCCCUGGGUUCCCCUCGCACCUCACAGGGGUGCCUGCAUCUGUCCUUGUGACUCAGGCCCUGCCUGCCUUGGACGAGCAGGGCUGACUUCCUCACUUGACUUUGCUGGGCCUGCCUCCGAGCAGCCCGCUCGGGUGACCUGAACUAGAGGCAGCCAACUCGCUACCUGGUACUGUCCCUGCGGAGCUUCCUCUCUGGGCCAGUGAUGUCCCUCUUGGGGACCCCACAGAAAACAGACAAUGAGGAUUGGAGUGUUAAGCCCCCCGUGGGUCCUAGCAUUGGCCAGGUGGCAUCGACAGGAGGCCAUAGUCCACUGUAGUUGGGAAGGGUGACUUCCUCUGGGACUCUCCUGACUUCCCUUCCUCCACCAGUGCUGUGUGUGUGCCAGGACCCAGCUGCUGUUCCUGCCCACCCACGCCUGGGCGGGCACUGCUGGGACACGCCAGGCCUGCUCCUGCUGCCUCCAGGGCUGGGUGGAGCUGGGGGAGUGAAAGAGGAACCUUUAAUUUGGGGACUCCCCACCCUUGCUGGGAUGAGAGCAGACUUGAGCUCUGGCUUGGGGUCUGUCCUCCACUGGUCCAGCCACCCUGGGGGUGCAGGCACAGUGGUGCUGGGGUCGUCCGAUCAAGGCUGUGGCUAGAGUCUUCUACCAAGUUGGAACUAGCAUGGCCUGGGACCAGGCUCUCCCUUCGGCCACUCUGACCACAGGUUCCUAGAGCCUGAGGAAAGCGUGAGAAGAAAGGAAGUAUAGAUAGACCUGGUCGAACGUGGGCAGCUCUCUGGGCACGACCCCCACACUGCAAGCUCUCCCCACUGGAGACCCCCACACUGCAAGCUCUCCCCACUGGAGACUGUCGGUGUAUGGGCUGAGAGAGGCUCAGCUGGACGAGGAAGCAGAGGGCAAUCGGCCUCUGACCAGUCCAGGGCCUUGGAGGCCACUGCCCCGCACCCUCAGGCUUCUCCUAUCCCAGGUUUCUUUUUACACUCACGGUGGGACUUCUAAGCUCAGUAGGAAGACUGAGGGAGAGACUGGGGCUAGGGUGCAGGGAAAAGGCAGGCCCCAAGGCAGGAGCUGGACUGCUCAGGCUGCCUCCCCCAGGUCCUUUUACUCCCUGGGGUGGCUCCCUGGGGUCCUGGGGCUAUACCAGGCUAAGGAGGGAAGGCCUCAAGGGUUACCAUGGCGACCUGCUUCAGGCUUCCUGCUGGGCCAUGUCAAUCCCCUUAGUUUCCAGAAAAGAGCUUUGUCUGGAGGUGGCCCCAGGCAGGAAAGCUCGGCUUGAUAAUGGGGGCAGUAUUAGUUUUUGAAAAGCGGGGGAUCAAGAGUUGAAGUUGGGGGCACUCUCUUCCCCCUCCUCUCCUGCCCACCUCGUAACCUGGGGAGUUCCAGGCCAAACCUGCAGUGUCCCCCUGUAUGACUAGUGUUGUACCUGGCUUCGUGACCUCACUCUUACUCUGGCUAUAUACCCGCCCUUCGUGGCCCCUUGCCACUUUUUUGGGCUUCUCACAGGCCAAGAAGCAGUUUUUCCAGUGGAGGGGAAGACACUGAGACGGCACCAUUAUGGGGGUCAGGGUCAGGGAAGGCAGGCUUUGGCAGGCUCCUCUCUUUUCUGACUUUAGGGGAAGGUGAGUUUCUCUCUGCCAGCUGCUAUGCAAAUGAACUGGUGAAUAUUUAUGAGUCUGUUCACUGAGGUUGAGGAGAGUCUGAGGGGUGGUGGGGGCAAUAGUCCUCUCCUUACCCCGCCCCCACCCUCCAUGUAGACAUCUGUUUCCUCCAUGUCUCUGGGUUCCAGGUAGAAUCCCGAGUAGCUGGAAGCCCUGUGCUCUAUAGUUCCAGGGCUCCAGAGCCUGAGUGGCGAUGCGAGACUUGCUCGGGGCAGACAGGACACCCUGGUUCCUGAGUGGGAAGGGCCUGGUCAUCUACCCAAAGAUUGGAGACAAGCUGGACAUCAUCUGUCCCCGAGCGGAGGCAGGGCGGCCCUACGAGUACUACAAGCUGUACCUUGUGCGGCCUGAGCAGGCAGCUGCCUGCAGCACCGUGCUUGACCCCAACGUGCUGGUCACCUGCAAUAGGCCCGAGCAGGAAAUCCGCUUCACCAUCAAGUUCCAGGAGUUCAGCCCCAACUACAUGGGCCUGGAGUUCAAGAAACACCAUGAUUACUACAUUACCUCUACGUCCAACGGGAGCCUGGAGGGACUGGAGAAUCGGGAGGGAGGUGUGUGCCGCACACGCACCAUGAAGAUUGUCAUGAAGGUCGGGCAAGACCCCAAUGCUGUGACCCCUGAACAGCUGACUACCAGCCGGCCCAGCAAGGAGGCAGACAAUACUAUCAAGAUGGCCACGCAGGCCCCUGGCGGUCGGGGCUCCCUGGGGGACUCCGACGGCAAGCAUGAGACUGUGAACCAGGACGAGAAGAGUGGCCCAGGUGGGAGCGGAGGCAGCAGCGGGGACCCUGACAGCUUCUUCAACUCCAAGGUGGCAUUGUUCGCGGCUGUUGGCGCUGGCUGCGUCAUCUUCCUGCUUAUCAUCAUCUUCCUGACGGUUCUGCUACUAAAGCUGCGAAAGCGGCACCGCAAGCACACACAGCAGCGGGCACCCGCCCUCUCACUCAGUACCCUGGCCAGUCCCAAGGGGGGCAGUGGCACAGCGGGCACCGAGCCCAGCGACAUCAUCAUCCCCUUACGGACUACAGAGAACAACUACUGCCCCCACUAUGAGAAGGUGAGUGGGGACUACGGGCACCCCGUCUACAUCGUCCAGGAGAUGCCACCCCAGAGCCCAGCAAACAUCUACUACAAGGUCUGAGAGCCCGGCGCGGCCUCAGGCCUGAGGGACAGUCGGCCGGGACCGCACCUCUCCUUUCUCCCCACGCCCCUCCCCUUGCCAGUUGUGCCCACCUUUGUAUUUAGUUUUGUAGUUUCUUGGCUUUUAUAAUCCCCCUUUGGCCCUGCCCCUGGGCUUCGUAGGGGGUGCUUGUGCCCCCGGCCCCCAUGCUCUUGUGCCUUUCCCCUGUGGCCAGGCCUCUGGGCUCUGCGGGGGCGCCCCUUCUUGGAGGGCAGGGUUGGACGCUGAAGGACAGCAGGCAGGGAGAUGUCCCCCUGGCCCUGACCCCAUGUCCCCUUCCCCCUUCCCAGGACUGCUCGUCCGCUAUCAUCACUGUUUUUAAUGUUUUUGUGUUCAUUUUUUAGCUGUCCACUCAUUUUCAUCUGUUUUUUUGAAGAAAAAUGGAAAAGGCAGCCCCUCCCCAGGUUUUCUGAGCCCUGUUGAGCCCAGUGUCAGGGGCCGGUGGCAGGAUGUGGCCAGCUGGGAAACAUAGGAUGGCAUUUCUUUUAUAAACUCCUUGGUAUUUGGUGGAGGAGGGGGUGGUGGGGCAGGCCUGGGCUGUUCUUGCCCAUGCGGGAAGGUGUCUCACCCUCCCCUCCUGACCCUCCUGCUACAAAGCUGAUCUUGGCAAUGGGGCAGUGGCUGCCACCCUUCCACCAAAAAAAAAUUCCCUUCCUUGUGGGAUUCUUGGGCAUCUCCUGCCUCCCUCACUCUCACGGUAAUUAACGUCUUAAUUGGCUGUUGCCUGGGGAACAGGAGAGCUGCUGCAGGCAGAUGACCUCAUGGGGGGUGGAGGGAGGUGAGGUGCCCAGGUGGCUGGGAGUUCCCCCCCUCCCCCUCCACCCUGUUCUCGCCUCACCUUUGGCCCCCUUUGGCCUGGUGGGGAGACAGAGACCCAGGGCAGAGACCUAAGCGGGUAUAAGGCCAGGUGGCCUGCUCCUCUUUUGGGCUCUAGCACAGGUGGGUGCCCCACACCCCAGUUCUCACUGCUCCCCUCCCCCCAGUCUUGGGCUGGGGCCUGGAAGAGGCCGUGCACUUUGACCCCGGCUCCUUGCCAGCACGGCUGCUAACAGACUGCCACUUGAGUGUGCCGUGCAGGCGCUCCCACAGUGGCCAUGGAAGGAGCCGGGCCUUCCACCAUCCACCUCCACACUGCCGCCUGGCCAGCUGCCUGCCCCAGCCCCUUCCAGGUGGCAGUCGGAAGAGUUUUUUGUUUUUGUUUCUGUUGCCAUUUGUGUAAA